UUCAUUUGGGCUUAAGAUGCACAGGCAGACAGCGCUCUUGAAGUUCAGCUGUUUAGCAGCCUCAUACCUCCGAAAGAUCAGAACUAACCAAACACAAUGGGCUGUGUUCAAAGCUUCAGGGACCUGUGUGACCAUCCAAAAAAUACUAAUGUUCGUAUCAGUCUUCCAGCAGUUUGCAUUGUGUGGCAAACAGCCAUGAUCAUCUUAUUUGGGUUUUUUAUCCGUUACAAUAAAGAAGCAGAUCCGCACUGGGCAGAUUACAGAAAAACUCAAAAUAUAUCAAGUGACAUUGAGAACGACUUCUACUACAGAUAUCCAAGUUUCCAGGAUGUCCAUGUGAUGAUCUUUGUUGGAUUUGGCUUCCUGAUGACAUUUCUCAAGCGGUACAGCUUCGGGGCCGUGGGUUUCAACUUUCUUAUCGCAGCCUUUGGCCUCCAAUGGGCGCUGCUAAUGCAAGGCUGGUUCCACUCCCUGGACUACACUGAUGGAAAGAUAAAAAUUGGAAUUGAAAACCUGAUUAAUGCAGACUUCUGUGUGGCGGGCUGCUUAAUUGCCUAUGGGGCAGUGCUUGGUAAAGUCAGUCCAGUCCAGCUGAUGGUUCUGACUCUGUUUGGGAUCACAUUGUUUGCUGUGGAGGAAUAUAUCAUCCUGAAUCUCAUACAUGCCAGAGAUGCUGGAGGCUCCAUGGUGAUCCACACAUUUGGAGCUUAUUAUGGUCUUGCUAUAUCGUGGAUGCUCUAUCGGCCAAAUUUGAACCACAGCAAGCGUCUGCAGGGCUCCGUUUACCACUCAGAUGUCUUUGCUAUGAUUGGCACUCUCUUCCUGUGGAUGUUUUGGCCCAGCUUCAACUCAGCCAUCACAGGCCACGGGGACGGGCAGCACAGAGCGGUCAUCAACACCUACCUGGCAUUGGCUUCAGCUGUGCUCACUACUGUGACCAUCUCAAGCCUCACCCAGAAGCAUGGAAAACUAGACAUGGUUCACAUCCAGAACUCCACCCUUGCUGGAGGCGUUGCAGUGGGAACUGCAGCAGAGUUCAUGCUGAUGCCUUACGGGUCUCUUAUCGUAGGGUUCUGCUGUGGUAUCAUCUCCACUCUGGGAUAUGUCUACCUCACGCCAUUCAUGGAGAAGCACCUGAAGAUCCAGGACACGUGUGGAAUCCAUAACCUGCAUGCCAUGCCAGGAGUCAUAGGUGGGAUUGUGGGAGCCAUUACUGCCGCAGCUGCAACAGAGCCAGUUUAUGGCACUGAGGGGAUGAUUAAGAUCUUUGACUUUGAGGGUGAUUUUAAAGACAGGACACCCGCACUGCAAGGGGGCUACCAGGCUGCAGCCCUCUGUGUGGCUCUCUGCUUUGGUGUAGGUGGAGGCAUCAUUGUCGGUUGUAUCUUAAGAUUACCUAUCUGGGGAGAUCCUGCAGAUGACAAUUGUUUUGAUGAUGAGGUCUACUGGGAGGUUCCUGAGGAUGAAGAGAGCACCGUACCAGUCCCUCCGUACAACAACCACGUGCGGAACAAAAAUGUAGUGGAGUCUGAUUUCAACAUGGAGCAGAACUGACGCUAUAGGCCUUGAUUCUGAUGUCUUUAUCACACAGUUCCUUCCUUUUUAUUCUCCUGCUGGACAGAAAAAAUAAUUUUAUAUGAUUAGUUGCCACCAAUCAAAACCAGUUAUUUUUCUAACCAGAAAAACAGGUUGUUUAGCCUAGAAUUGAGUCUUAAAAUCUUUUCUUUGUUUCUUUGAAGUGAAUAAGAUUUUUUCUGUUUUCCGAUAUAUAUUUAUUUUCAGUUUCAAUCAAUUAAUAUUCAAUCAAAUAGGCUAUUCUAUAAAAAAAAAGAGUCACAUUAUCUUGGUACUAGUGGAGAGAUUUGCUUCAUGUGAACAUUUAGAAACAUUUCAAUUUAAUGCAGAAUUUUUCUCAUUUCACAUGAAACUGCAAGGAUGUACUCAAGAACAUUUACCUUCUUUGGCUGAGCUGUCCCUCUGGAAUGAAUGAAUGAAUAAAUAAAUAAAUAAAUAAUUGUUUUAUUUUU